GAUUAACACACCAACCACUCCGCAAGCUCAACAAUAUCUAAUGUCACCGACCACCACAUUAUCACCAAUAACACCUGCUACCAAUCGCAAUCCAUACGAUUAUUCUUCACCAUCACGUGAGUACCCACAACCUUCAUAUAAUCACAAUGAGGGAAAUGAUACGUAUCCACCGCGUGGCGUAGCUCUUCAUUCGCCAACUCGCGAUAGAGCUAAUAGAGCAGAACAGGAUGCUUUUUAUAAUAGUAAUCGAUACGAUGAUCUGACGUAUCCGCCUAAUGCGUAUCCAACCAGCUCUGACACGAAUUCUGAUGUAAAUCAUGGUGUAAUGAUAGAUCCACCAUUAACAUCUUAUUAUAGUGGCGGGAAUAACAAUAGUAAUCAAGCACGAUCAAUAGGUGAUGUAAAAGGAAAAGGUCGAAAUGUUAUAGACGCUGAAUCAGAAACAGAAAGUUAUAGUGAUUACACAGCAAACCAUCGUGAUUCCAGUGAAUUAGAUAUACCCGGAGUAAACAUUCGUAGAAUGGAUGAUUCCAGCCGAUAUUCAUACUCAUUCCACGUAACAUCAUCUCAAGAUUCAUUGAUACAUGGGAUAGACACCAAUCAGAAAAAACCUAGUUACUAUCCACCAUCACAAUAUUCCUAUAACGGUGAAAACUCAUCAUCAGGCUCUGGAAGAAACACGCCACAAUACGGUCUCGAAUUCCCGCAUUUGCCACAGGGUAAUCAACGUUCAAAAGAACCUUACCCCGCAUGGCGAUCCGAUGAUCAUCAAAUCCCAUGCUCGAAAGAAGAGAUUGAAGAUAUUUUCCUUGAGCUAACGAAUAAAUUCGGAUUUCAGAAGGAUAACAUGCGAAAUAUGUAUGACCAUCUUAUGAUCAUGUUGGACUCACGUGCGUCGAGGAUGUCGCCCGCGCAGGCUCUUUUGACAUUACAUGCCGAUUACAUUGGGGGAGAGAAUGCAAAUUAUCGAAAAUGGUAUUUUGCGUCGCAGAUGGACGUUGAUGAUGCUCUUCACAGUUCGACAAGAGGCAUGUCACAGAUACGCAAACAAAAUCUUGAUGAUGUACGAGUAGGCGAAGAGGAGUGGAAAGAAAAAAUGAAUUCAAUGUCACAGUAUGACCGAGUUAGACAAUUGGCUUUAUAUUUAUUAUUGUGGGGCGAAGCUGCUCAAGUAAGAUUCACAGCAGAAGUCCUAUGCUUCAUAUUUAAAUUGGCCGAUGACUAUUAUCGAAGUCCUGAUUGUAAAGCAAAAGUGCAACCACUACCCGAAGGAGAAUAUCUUCGAAAUGUUAUCACGCCAUUGUAUCGCUUCAUUCGAGAACAAGGAUACGAAGUUAUUGGCGGGAAAUUCGUGAAACGAGAAAAAGAUCACGCAGACACUAUCGGUUAUGAUGAUAUUAAUCAACUAUUUUGGUACCCAGAGUCAAUUGAUCGUAUCAUGUUACAAGACCGUAAAACUCGUCUGAUGGCUUUGCCUCCAAGUCAACGGUAUCUUAAUCUUGGAUACGUUGAUUGGAAUAGGGCGUUUGAGAAAACAUAUAAAGAAAAACGUACAUGGUUACAUUUGGCUGUUAAUUUCACGCGUAUAUGGAUUAUUCAUGUGGUCUCUUUUUGGUAUUAUACUGCUUAUGCGGCACCAUUUUUGUAUAUGGAUGAGAAAAAUUUACAGCCGGCUGUUCGAUGGUCGGUUGUUGCUUUGGGUGGGGCGUUGGCGACAUUAUUUAUGAUUUUUGGAUGUAUAUGCGAAUUUCUCUUUAUUCCAUUCAAAGGAACAAUUGUCUCAGGAUUAAUGAAAAGACUCGUCAUGUUGUUCAUUAUUUUGAUAAUUAACGCAGCACCAACUUAUUAUAUUGUUAAAAUCUCAAAGAAAGAUUCAACAGCACUAAUAAUUAGUCUAGGCCAACUCGGCAUUUCCGUUAUAACCACAUUGACCUUUUCCAUAAUACCCAGCGCCAAACUAUUCGGUGGUCCAUCAUCAACAGACAGAUCAAGUCUUCCACGUCAAACAUUCACAGCUAGUUAUCCACCACUUUCGAGCAAGGAUCGUGCAGUAUCAAUAGCCCUCUGGACUUGUGUAUUCGGAUGCAAACUGAUCGAAUCCUAUUUCUUUUUAUCCUUAUCGUUCAAAGAUCCCUUAAAAGCUAUGCACGGAAUGAGAGUUCUAAAUUGCGGUGACCCGAUCGCCGGCAACAUGCUUUGUUCUUACAUGCCUAUGAUGGCUAUCGUGAUAAUGUUCUUCAUGGACUUGGUGCUGUUCUUUUUAGACACAUACCUUUGGUAUGUUAUCUGGAAUACGAUUUUCUCGGUGAUUCAUGCUUUUCAACUUGGAAUGUCGAUUUGGACCCCAUGGAAAUAUAUCUUCUCAAUGCUCCCGAAACGUAUUUACGCUAAAGUGUUGGCGACUAACGAUACGGAUGAUAAGUAUAAACCUAAAAACUUUGUAUCUCAAAUUUGGAAUGCUAUUGUCAUCUCGAUGUACCGCGAGCAUUUAUUAUCAAUUGACAAUGUACAAAAAUUGCUGUACCAACAGGCGACAGAACCAGAUGGAAAACGCACUCUUAAAGCGCCAGACUUCUUUACCUCAUCAAGUUCUUCGAGCAGAUAUUUCCCACCUCUCAGUGAAGCGGAACGUCGUUUCUCUUUCUUUGCCCAAAGUUUAACUACUCCGAUCCCAAAAGCACUUCCAAUCCCCGAGAUGCCCACGUUCACAGUCCUAACACCUCAUUAUUCAGAAAAAAUUUUGCUUUCCUUACGUGAAAUCAUCCGAGAAGAGGACCGAAAUACUCGCGUCACCCUAUUAGAGUACCUCAAACAAUUGCACCCAAUAGAAUGGGAUAACUUCGUAAAAGACACAAAAAUUGUUGCUGAAGAACUUACGUUCACCCUUCGUACACGUAUAUGGGCUUCUUUACGUUCACAAACCCUGUAUCGUACGAUAUCCGGGUUUAUGAACUACUCGAAAGCCCUAAAAUUAUUAUAUCGAGUAGAGAAUCCUGAUAUUGUCGCAAGUUAUGCUUCAAACCCCGAGAGACUUGAACGAGAAUUAUCCUCAAUGGCACGCAGAAAAUUCAAAUUUUUGGUAACAAUGCAACGCUACAGUAAAUUCAAUAAGGAAGAACAAGAGAAUGCGGAUUUCUUGCUCCGUGCUUAUCCUGACCUACAGAUUGCCUACCUUGAAGAACAAAAACCAGAGAAAGAAGGCGAAGAGAAUAAAAUCUUUUCCGUGCUUAUCGAUGGUCAUUGUGAAAUUCUUCCGGACGGUUCAAGAAAACCAAAAUAUCGGGUACAGUUGCCAGGUAACCCGAUUCUCGGUGAUGGUAAAUCCGAUAAUCAAAAUCAUGCGAUCAUCUUCUAUCGUGGUGAAUAUCUACAAUUAGUGGAUGCUAAUCAAGACAAUUAUCUCGAGGAAUGUUUGAAAAUUCGAAGUAUGUUGGGUGAAUUUGAGCAAUUUGAUUCGCCUACAACUUCACCUUAUUCGCCAGCCGCCGUCCCUCAAAAUAAAAAUCCGGUGGCUAUUGUUGGUGCUCGUGAAUACAUUUUCUCCGAAAAUUAUGGUGUGUUGGGUGAUGUGGCUGCUGGUAAAGAACAAACUUUUGGUACUCUUACACAACGUAUUAUGGCCAUGAUUGGUGGUAAAUUACAUUAUGGGCAUCCGGAUUUCUUGAAUGCCAUAUUCAUGACAACACGUGGUGGUAUAUCAAAGGCUCAAAAAGGACUUCAUCUUAACGAAGAUAUUUAUGCUGGUAUGAACGCUUUUUGUCGAGGUGGUCGUAUAAAGCAUACAGAAUACUAUCAGUGUGGUAAAGGUCGUGAUCUUGGUUUCGGUUCAAUUCUGCAUUUCACCACCAAAAUCGGUACCGGUAUGGGCGAACAAAUGUUGUCGCGUGAAUACUACUAUAUUGGCACGCAGCUUCCAUUAGACCGAUUCUUGUCUUUCUAUUAUGCUCAUCCGGGAUUCCACAUCAACAAUAUUUUCAUCGCAUUAUCAGUGCAAUUAUUCAUGGUUGGGAUGUUAUUUAUAGGCGCUCUAGCAUCCACACUUAUUCUUUGCAACUACAAUCCUGACCCUACCGCACCAUUAACUCCCCCUGGUUGCUAUAAUCUUAUACCUGUGUUCGACUGGAUCAAACGCUCAAUUAUCUCAAUCUUUAUAGUGUUCUUUAUCGCUUUCUUGCCACUUUUCUUGCAAGAAUUAACGGAAAAAGGAUUCAUUCGUAGUCUUACACGUCUCGGAAAACAUUUCAUGUCUCUGUCACCCUUCUUUGAAGUAUUUACAACUCAGAUAUAUGCCAAUGCUAUCAUGACCAAUCUAAGUUUCGGCGGUGCUCGAUAUAUUGCUACUGGUCGCGGAUUUGCCACUGCUCGAAUUCCAUUUAAUAUUUUAUAUUCACGGUUUGCUGGACCAAGUAUUUACUUUGGAAUGCGAACUUUGAUUAUUCUACUUUUUGUCUCGAUGACCAUGUGGAUACCUCAUUUAACGUACUUUUGGGCCUCUGUCAUUGCUCUCUGUAUCUCGCCGUUCUUGUUCAACCCACACCAAUUUUCAUUUACUGAAUUUAUUAUUGACUAUCGAGAAUUUUUGCGGUGGAUGUCACGUGGUAACUCAAAAACACACGCAAACUCUUGGAUCGCUUAUUGUCGAGUAUCUAGAACUAUGACCACUGGAUACAAACGUAAACGAUUAGGACAUCCCUCGGAAAAAUUAGUCGGUGAUGUGCCAAAACCAAGUUUUGCAGUGAUUUUUGUCUCGGAAAUUCUAUGGCCAUUCCUUACUGCUUUAUUAUGUGUUAUUGCUUUCAUGUUUGUGAGAAGUUUCGAUCCUACAGCGCCAAACUCACCUAAUAAAGGAAAGAGUGCUCUAAUUCGGGUCGGUGUUAUCGCAUUCGGACCAAUCUUAUUGAAUGCUGCAAUGUUAGCAGGUCUUUUCUUGAUUUCCGUGUGUGUGGGUACAGUUUUAUCCGGUUUUGAAAAAUUCGGGUCUUAUACCGCGGCAAUUGCACACACAUGGGCCAUUAUCACUUUAAUAGGAUCCUUUGAAACUUUCUGGUAUAUCGAAUCAUGGAAUCUUAGUCAUGCCGUUUUGGGUAUGAUAGCUGUCUCUGCUAUCCAAAGAUUCAUAUACAAAGUUCUGAUCACGAUCUUCCUAUCACGAGAAUUCAAACACGACGAAACAAAUCUUGCAUGGUGGACUGGAAGAUGGUCUGGUCGCACUCUUGGAAACUCUUCAAUAAUACAACCGUUCCGUGAGUUAAUAUGCAAAAUAGUAGAAAUGGGAUUAUUCGCCACCGACUUCGUUCUUGGGCACGUCCUAUUAUUCAUGCUGGCACCAUUUAUACUGAUCCCCGGUAUGGACAAAAUCCACUCGACCAUGCUGUUUUGGCUUCGUCCGAGCAAACAAAUUCGUGCACCGAUAUUUUCAAUAAGAGAACGAGCGCGGCGACGACGUAUCGUGUGGAUCUAUGGCCUGAUAUUCCUGUUUAUGGUUGGCUUAUUUGCUGGGUUGAUUGCUGGUCCGAUAAUUUAUGGGUCCAAGGUUAAGAGAAUCAAUCUCCCAAUGUGA